CUGCCUGAACCACUUUCCUCUUUUCAUCUACUCAUUCUUCAGCCUUCAGUUCAAAUAUUACUUCCUUGGGGAAAACUCCCCAUGCUCGGCCAUAUUGUAUUCUAGACUUCUGCAGCACCAUGCUCCUCACUUUUAAACACCGGCCAUAUUUUGACUUUACAUCGUAUUUGCAUUUGUUUAUUAAUAACUUCACGUAAGCUCCACGAGGGCACAGCUGUGAUGCCCUUUGUUCGCCGCGGAUUCCGCGGGUGGCACGGCCCCUUCGUCCCUGCGACAGGGACCCGAACACACCGAGGACCGGAAGUGUUGCGUUCCGUGGAGGAGCGCGGCGCACACGGACAGCCGGAAGUGCAGCUUUCGCGUCCGGCAGCCGGGAGAGGGAAACGCCCGCGAAGCCUGGUUUUUUAAGUGAGCGUGUCUCGGCGGUUGGGGCAAGUGCGCGUGCGCUGCCUCCGUCAGCCGCGGUCGGGAACAUGGCCGCGCGGGCCUUGUGGGCGGGCCGGCGAGGGGUGCAGCGCCUCCUGGCCUCGAGCGCCGCGUCCGAGGGCAGGGGAUGGCUGCAUCCCUUCAGCACUGCCACCCAGAGAACUGCUGGUGAGGACUGCAGUUCUGAGGACCCUCCUGAUGAGCUCGGGCCCUCUCUUGCAGAAAGAGCCUUAAGGCUAAAAGCUGUUAAAUUGGAGAAGGAAGUCCAAGAUUUGACAGUGAGAUACCAAAGAGCUGUAGCUGAUGGUGAAAACAUAAGACGACGAACCCAGAGAUGUGUAGAAGAUGCCAAGAUAUUUGGAAUUCAGAGUUUCUGUAAGGACCUGGUAGAAGUGGCAGACAUUUUGGAGAAGACUACAGAGUGCAUUUCUGAAGAAACGGAGCCUGGGGACCAGAAGCUCACUCUGGAGAAGAUCUUUCGAGGGUUGUCACUUUUAGAAGCAAAGCUGAAAAGUGUGUUUGCCAAACAUGGCCUGGAGAAGAUGACACCCAUUGGUGACAAAUACGACCCUCAUGAGCAUGAACUCAUCUGUCAUGUGCCAGCUGGUGUUGGGGUGCAGCCUGGCACCGUGGCAUUAGUAAGGCAAGAUGGCUAUAAGCUUCAUGGCCGCACCAUCAGACUUGCCCAAGUGGAAGUGGCAGUGGAGUCUCAGAGAAGACUGUGAAUUGGCCAUGAGGAACUGAAUGUUCUCCCAGAGUGCAGUCACCUGUGUUUCCUUAAUUUAUUAAACUAGGUUUGUAUUGUACAUGAGGUACUUCAUGUGAUCUGUUUUGGAUUUAGUCAUAUUGGCUUUAUUUCUAAGAUACUCUAUUGAUUUAAUGUGACCUGUUUGGUCUCAUCAGAAGUCUUGCCAUUGGGCAUUUGAACAAUGUGACAAGUGUUCCCAUGGCCUUUAUCAAAAUAUGUUUAGGAAAAUUACUUUUGAAUUGGUACUCUGAUGACUUUCAAUCCAAAAUCUUUUUAAAAGGUGGAAGUGAGUAUAUGUUUAUGUAUUUUCAACUAAAUAUUCCUCUCUAAUCGUCCCUAUAACAGAAAUUGUGUAGGAUCUUGUGUGUUAUGGGAAAAGGAGAUGGUAGGGAUUGGUUCAGCAUUUGGGUACUUAGAUGAUAAAGCUUUAUAGUUGUUUGAAUUGAGAUAAUUUGGGUUGAUUUUUAUAUACAUAGAUUUUCAAGACUUCCCUCUUUUAUUUUAUUUUCCUUUUAGCCGUCUUUUGUCCUUGUAGUUCCUGCCAGGUAGACUUCAUUUUCACACUCAUUGUCUCUUUCCAGUUCCCAUUUACAGGGCUAAAGGCCCAAGCAAGACUUGGAAGGCAGGGAGCGUCAAGAAAUUUGAGAUACCCAGGUCUCUUUCAGGCAAGCAUGGCCAAGAAACUGUGCUUUCUUUGCUGAGUUAUCUUCAAAUUAUUUUCAGUUCCCUAGGUAUAUAAUCAUUUCAGGGAACCUGAGGCAGCAUCAACAGCUAAUGACCCAAAUUGGUCGAUACAGGUAAUUUACCUACACCUUCUCUUUCCCCCAGCCCUUAAAUCUUCUGCCACUUUAUCAAAUUUGCCUUAUGAUCCUUUAUUAGAUUAUGUGGGGAGGUGGUCAGGACAAAAAUGUCAGGUUCCCCUGAUUUCUCAUUUUGUUUAGUUAGGCUAAAUUUUUUGUAAUUGAUACAAAUCACUACCUCUCUUACAUUAACAAGCUUUAUUUCCUAGUUUUUGUAUCUGUCUUAUGUCACAUGUGUAAAUAUCUAACUCCCCUUUUAUGUAUUGACCUCCUAAAGUUAAUGAGCCUGUGUGUGUAUUUUUUAUUCUUUCAGUCUUCCUUUUGGCUGGUAUUCUGUAAAAGAUUUGUUCAAUAAAUGAGUUAGUGAAUGAAUGAUACAUCAGACUUUAGAAAGGAGGUUAGUUAUGGAUAUUUCGAUGUUAGAAGAGGCCUUAAUGAUGAUCUAAUCUUGCCCUUUCAGCUUCUGAAGUAUGAAGACAUAGUCUUUUUAGGACUGAACUCAAAAAAAAUCUGAAACUAGUGAACUAAAUUUCAGUGAAAACUUAAAUAAGGAAAAACUAGAUAUUAACUUUAGUCAUUUAAGAUUCAACAGUUCGAUAAUGAACAUGCAAAUAUGUCCCCAGGAGACAUGUAUUUACAUGUUGUUAGAUGUCCAGGUUGCAUAGGUUUAGGUUUAAUUAUUUAGUUACCCAUAAAAUAAAUCCAUUUCUACUAAAAUUCUAUGACCCAAUUCCAUGGAGUGAUAAAAGUUAUCCUCUUAGACAUUAUAGAUUAUUCUAGGACGCUACACAGACAUGUAUCAAUAAAGCUGAUCCCCAAUGGGCCCUACCAUCUCCACCAGAUUUAGACACUUAAAAAAAUAAGUAUGUGCUUUUAAAAUGCAAGCAUAAGACUGGUGGUAAGAUUUUAAAACUAGAACCUCUGUUAGCAUUCCACUAAGUGCAUACUGUAAAUUUAAUGAGCAGUCAAGAUUUCACAGUAGGAAUUUGUCCUUUUUUGCCUUCAUUCCUUUGAGAUGAUGACAAGAAAAUGAGCCAAUUAUAAUUACCCACAUGUUCUUGGAUUACUAGCUGUCAUUACCAAUGAAUUAGAAUAACCAUAAUUUUAGGUAUGGAUUGUUCUGACUCCUUGAAGAGUUUUCUGAUAUUCCUUGCAACCUCCUAUUUUAGCAGGUAGAUUGAGAAUAAUUUAAAAUUUUUUUAUUAUUCAGUAGUUUUGCAGACUUAAAAGUGUAAAUUUAGAAGAUGGAGGUAUAACAGUACGAAUCUCAAAAUGUUGAAGGGCCUUCGGGAGCCAGAGUAGCACAAUGGAGCAUGGGCUUGGUGUAGGCCUAGACUUGCAGAUGGUAAAAUGCCAGCUCGGUCACCUGUGUGACCGUGGGCCCCAGGCAUUUCACCCUUCUGAGCCUGCUUUCUUGUUUGUAAAAUGGUUAUAAUUCUCUCACAAUAUUGUGAAGAUUAAAUAAAAUGUGUAAAUUGCCUACUACAGUAGGACCUCAAAUAUUUAUUGCUUUUUAUUAUACACAUUGUCUUUCCUGUGUUUUUAUAGCUGCCUAAAGUCUAGGGAAAGGGGAACACUGGUUAAGUGAUGCUUGACUAUAAAAAAUUGGUAAGAUACUCCAUCACGGUGACUUGUUUUCCUUACAGCUUCUGGGUUUUUGUGUGUUGCUUUUAACUAUAACAUAAGAAAUCCACAUUUUUAGACUUAAGAAGCAAGAAAAUUGUGUCAGUGCUCAUAAUUAUUUCCAUCUUGAUGGUGAAGUGAAAAUACACUGUUGGCUUGCGGAUGAUAUUUAAGGAAGCUUUCGCUCACUUGAGGGGAUCUUAGUGUUUUAGUACUUGGAUUCUUUAGUGGAUUUCCUCAUUGCCAUAAGGGAAUCAGUCCAUUUGAUACUGAUAUAAGUUAUUUGGUGCUCUCUCAUGGCAGAGGAUUUGAUAAGUGAAGAAAGGUUCAUAAAUACUAAAGCAAAAUCAAAUAGGGGAAACUAAGGGUGAAACAUAAUAUUCAGAAACAACUUUAAUAAAACCCGAAUUGAAAUAA